AUGGCUUCUCCCUCCCCCGAGGAGACGGCUGCCACACGUCUCGGCGAGGAUGGAGGCAUUCUGCUCGACCAUGAAGAGAUUUACUCCCCAGGCCGGCGACUUCACCUGCAGCCGCACAAGCCUCUGCCUCCCUACGGCUCUCACUUGUAUCCUCUUCCGAGCGGCUGGGAGCCUGAAGAUAUGACGCAGUCCGACGAUGAGAAGGACUUUUCGCUCAGACGACUGGUCUUUCACCCAAACAACGCGCCCAAGACCAUCAACAAGAACAAUCAAAACGAUCCUGAUGCCUCCAUUGAGAUCCUCUGCAAAGUCGUCGUCUCGCCAUCGACCCCACCGAAUAAGCAAGAGCACGAGAUCCCGUCCGAGGGACAACUGCUCUUGCUGAAGAUUUUCGAUGCCUUGUUCUGGUACAAGACCGUUGACAUCACCAAGCGCCUAAUCAAAGUCACAGCGCAGGCUGAUUCGGCUUUCAGCGACGAGUGUGGUGCAUACGACCACCUCUACAAGAAGGAGCUCACUGGCUUCCCCAAUAUCGCUCCACAAUUCUAUGGAGGCUGGGACCACCGCGGUCAAGACACCCGGAAUGUUGCGGUGCUCGCGACCGAGUUCAUCGAUGGCCUUUGCCUCGACCAGCUAUUCACGAUUGCUGGCCCUACCUUUGAGGUGGAACUUUACAAGGACGCCGAGCCACGUGGCGCUUUCACCACUGAUCUCGACGUAAGAAUGGAGAUCAUCAAGCAGCUCAUGGACGGUACCAUGACACAAGAAUACAACGGAGUCUACCAUGGCCGUCUUCGCUCCAAGAACGUCAUUAUGGCCAUGCGAAACAAGGGUGAGCCGCUGAAGAACCCCCGGGCUGUUCUGAUUGGCUAUGGGCAGGCGUUGGUCGACGAUUUGCGCAGGGAGCCUGUUGAGAUGUGGGAGAAGUAUCCAACAAAGCCCCAUUCCAUCAUUCGAUUCGGCUGGAAGAGAUUGGAAUCCUUCGCAGGCUGGAUCCCUAUGGAGUGGGCAAGUCCGAACCCCAAGCGCCCGCGUCUGCUCUGGCAAUGGAUGAUCCAUACAUUUGGUCAUUUGACAAGAAAUGCCACGUAUACCGCCUUUAUGUUGGAAGAUCUGCGAUCGGUGCCCACCCAAACCGAGGGAACAUCCAUAGGCCCCUCGUCCGAACAUCAACUAGUGCGCCCUGAGCCUGAGAGACAGUCUCCCAGCGCCGUGCCCCAGGGACAGCCUUAG